AUGUCAAAUAUUUUUUCUGACGGUAGUGCGAUUAUAGAAAGAAUUACUGAAGAUAAAGGUCAUAAAAAAAUAACAAAUACUCAAGAAGAAUUAGAAUCCUUUUAUGAAAUUGAACCAGAUUCUGUAAAAGUCGCGACAACUCUAGGAAAAAGAACCAAUAAAAAAUUUUUUAUUUUAGCCGAUACAACUUAUGGGAGUUGUUGCGUUGACGAAGUAGCAGCUCAACACGUUAAUGCUGAAUGUAUAAUUCAUUAUGGACGUUCUUGUCUAAGACAACCUAUCGAUUUAAAACAUUGUUUAGAAGUAUUUGAUAAUUUCUUUGGAAAUGAUGAUAAUUCUCAAAAAAAAAUUAUUAUUAUUUUAUAUGAUGUUGUGUAUGCUCAUUGUAUCGAAGAAGAACAACAUUCAAAAAAUGAAUCGGUACCAUUAAAAGAGCAGGAAAUUCAGGAGACAAUUCAAGAGGAAAUUCAAGGGAAAAUUCAAGGAAGAUCUUAUUCACUUCCCAAAGGAACAAAAAUAGAAGAUUGUACAUUAUUUUAUAUUGGUGAAGAAGGACCAACGUUAACGAACAUAUUAUUAACUUAUAAUAAGUGUAAUGUAUAUUCUUAUAAUUCCAAAACACGUAUAGGACGUCAAGAGAAUUUAAAAGUGAAUCGAGCAUUAAUGAAACGUUUUUAUAUGGUUCAAAAAGCCAAAGAUGCUAAUAUUAUUGGAAUUGUGGUUGGAACUUUAGGAGUAGGAAGGAAACCAUAUACAUUUGUUAUGGGUAAACUUAAUGUAGAAAAGAUGGCAAAUUUUAUGGAAAUUGAUUGUUUUGUAUUGGUGGCUUGUCCAGAAAAUAGUUUAAUUGAUUCAAAGGAAUUUUAUCGUCCAAUCGUUACUCCAUUUGAGUUAGAAAUUGCACUUGAUUCUUCGAAACAAUGGACGGGAGAAUAUAUAUUAGAAUUCCGGCAAUUAUUAUCAUCAUCAGGUCGGAAAUAUGCAAUAAUUAAGAAUAAUGAAGAUAAUAUGAAUGAUAUCACCGAUUUGACGUUACGCGAUAAAAAUACAUCAAUAUCUACUGUAUUGAAUAGUGCUGCAGGUGAAUUUUUAAAUUCAAUACGAACGUUUAAAGGUUUAGAACAAAAUAUCGGAAAUUCUUCAGUUCAAUUAGUAGAAGAAGGUCGAACCGGAAUUGCUAAAGGUUAUGUUAAUGAAGAUAACUAA